UGAGGGUUGGUUACUGCUAAGCGUUUUGUUUAGUUCACAAGGAUAGUUGUUUCAUGAGUUUUGGUUUAGUGUCUCGAGUGGAGCCUUGUAAAAGAAUGAAGCAUUUUCUUCGUGCUGGUUUGGUUUUGAGCAUUUUGACGAUCCCAGUUCUGUGCGAGAAACUACCGAUUGUUUUGUGGCAUGGAAUGGGUGAUACGUGUUGCUUCCCGUUCAGCUUAGGUGGAUUGAAAAAAUUUCUACAGGCAGAGCUCGACGUGUACGUGAAGUCGAUUGAAAUUGGCAAUUCAAUUGUUUCCGACUUUAAAAGUGGAUACAUGCUUCAUCCAAAUAAGCAGGGAAGUCCAUAUUCAGUCGAAAUGGUAUGUGCAGACCUAAGGGAAGAUGCUGCUCUGAGCGGUGGUUUCAAUGGAAUAGGGUUCUCUCAAGGAGGACAAUUUAUGCGAGCAUUAGCACAAAGGUGUUCGACUCCACGCAUGAACAAUCUGAUCUCAUUAGGCGGGCAACAUCAAGGUGUUUUUGGUUUGCCAAACUGUCCUUCGUUAAGUAGCAGCACUUGCGAACGUUUUCGACGGCUACUAAAUUACGCUGCGUAUAAAGAUUUCAUGCAAAACUUUCUCGUCCAAGCAACUUAUUGGCAUGACCCAUUAAAUGAAGAAGCUUACAAAAAUUUCAGCACAUUUUUAGCAGAUAUUAAUAAUGAGCGAACAGUUAAUCAAACUUAUAUCAACAAUUUGCAACUAUUAAACAAAUUCGUCAUGGUUCGUUUCAACAAUGACACCAUUGUGCAACCAGUGGAAUCACAGUGGUUUGGAUAUUACAAACCAGGACAGGAUAAAGAAACCUACACCCUUCGCGAAAGCAAUUUAUUUAUUGAGGAUCGCCUUGGAUUGAAAAAGAUGGAUGACGAAAAGAAGAUAGUUUUCCUAAAGUGUAUGGGCAACCACCUGCAGUUUACGAAGGAAUGGUUCAAAACGUAUUUGUUUCCAUAUCUAACAUAAGAAUAAA